CUGGCUUUCACAAAGUGAGGUUAGGUUUAUCAAAACACGGGAAGACAGUGCUUCAAAACACCUCCGGAUCAUGGCCCUUUUCCGCUUCCGAUGGAUCAGGAGAUUCAUCAGACGCAACACCCGGCCAAUUCCCUUCGUGACAGCCGAAACCUGGCGAGAUAGGCUGAGUUUUGGAUACAUGUUUCUGGCCUGGAAUGCCUUUGGGUUUGUUUGUUAUGCAAUGUACCGCGGAAAGAUAGACUGGGCCAAGUAUCAUGGGAUCAAGGAUGAAGAUGAACAUCUUUCACAAGCCCAGAAAUUUGCCAAAAUGUUAAAAGUGGAAAAGGCCACAGUGAUCCAUUAUUCAGGAUUAAAGCAAACUGAAAAGUACGAGAUAGAUAACAAAGACAGCAAUAGUACGGACAGUACGGAUCCCAAGGAGCAAGAAAAUAAGAAUGUGUAGAUAGAAUAAUUUGAAUUA